AUGACAUCACAGCCUCAACUCCACGGCGGGGCUGUACAUCACCAGGUUGCCCACAACGACUCAGCUCAACAAGCCCAGCCUCACAUUCAGGCCCAUCUUGACUCAAAUGCGAGCACCAGCACCACCCGGCGUCUGGAGAGCAGAGCUCUCCCCCGCCGGCCCGGAUGCGCCAGUUCGUCAAGCACCGGUGCCGUUUCGCCCUGUUUAGUCAACUCCAGCAUAUCCAAAGGAUCAAGGUGCUUGGAGCCCUGGCCCGAAGAGGCGGUGGAUAAGUCGCACGGGUUGAAUUCACUCCACCGCAUGUUCGAUAUCGUGGGAGCCCAGCUCACUCAUCGGGACGUUCGAGUACUGUCGUUUUUGUUCGUCGACGUGAUCGACGAGUAUGAACGUGGCGGCAUCAGGAGCGGAAGGGAUUUCUUGCUGGCGUUGGAGCGACAGGGUCGAUGCGAUGAGACCAACUUUCAACAUGUGCUCCAGCUUCUGAGGAUCAUCACUCGUCAUGACCUUUUGCCUUACGUCACACUUAAAAAACGGCAGGCUGUGUGUCCAGAUCCUGUUGACAAGUACCUGGAAGAGACGUCCGUGCGCUACAUUUCCCCCAGGGGAGGCAUAAAGAGCAGGGACAGUGCACCUCACAGAAUGACAGGACCGUACGUUGGCCCGUCCCGAAUGAAAUCGGCUCCUUCUGUACCAAACGGCAUGUUUAAGCGAAACCAUUCUUCAGCCGACUUCAGAGAGAAGCAAACCUGCGAUAUCCGCCUGCGCGUCCGUGCCGAGUAUUGCCAGCACGACUCGGCCCUUCAGGGCAACAUCUUUUCCAACAAGCAAGAAGUGGUGGAACGACAGUUUGAACGCUUCAACCAGGCCAACACCAUCCUCAAAUCCCGAGACUUGGGUUCCAUCAUCUGUGACAUCAAGUUCUCCGAGCUCACCUACCUGGAUGCUUUCUGGAGAGACUACAUCAAUGGCUCGUUGUUAGAAGCCCUCAAAGGCGUUUUCAUCACAGAUUCUCUUAAACAAGCAGUUGGACACGAGGCUAUAAAACUACUGGUCAAUGUCGAUGAGGAGGAUUACCAAGCAGGCCGUCGUAGACUUCUUUGUAAUUUGGUGACGAGCGGAGAUCCUCCCGGAGGUAUCAAAGACUGCGUGUCUUAG